AUGGAUGGCAGUGAAGUUAUGGCGAUGGAAUGUGUCCUGACCAGCGUGGAGGAGGCGGAUCCCACUCCACUCGAGAUGUCUUCCACGUGUCCUCCACAACGCCACGUCAUGUUUCUCAAGACACAUAAGUGCGGUUCCUCUACCGUACAGAAUGUGCUUUUCCGAUAUGGCCUCACCCAGAACCUCUCCUUCGCGCUUCCUCUUGUAGGGUCCAGUUUAAAGAGCAACGAGAAGUUCAUGACCAGCAUGAUCCCAGAGAGUCUGCUUCCUCCUGACGGGAAGGUGGACAUCUUCGCCGUCCACUCGCGGCUCAACGCCGAGGAGCACAGGAGGGUCUUGGCCGAGGACGCCAAAUGGGUCACCAUCGUCAGGGAGCCGGCCAGCCUCUUCGAGUCCCUCUACACCUACUACGGGAUCGGCCGCUGGUACAAACUGGACCUGACGGAAUUGACAAAUUUCCCCAUGGAGAAGCUCAGGGCGUUGCCUCGCUUCGGGAAGACCUUAGGCAAUAACCAGAUGCUGUUCGACCUGGGCUUCGACGCCGACCUGUCCGAGGCGCAGCUGCGGCAGGCGAUCGAGGAGCUGGACAGCCUCUUCGACCUGGUGAUGGUGGCCGAGCGGAUGGACGAGUCGCUGGUCCUGCUGCGCCACCUGCUGUGCUGGAGCCUCCACGACGUCGUGGUGUUCACCAAGAACGCCCGUGGCGAGGGCGCGAGGACCGCCCUGGACGCCCACACGCGGCAGAGGCUCCGAGAGAUGAACGACGCCGACGUGCGGCUUUACGAGCACUUCCUGGCCAAGCAUCGUCGCGCAGUGCUGGCCUUCGGCGCCCGGAGGAUGGCGCGCGAGGUGGCCGCCCUCAGGAAGCUCCGCGACCGCUCCUUCGAGGACUGCGGCGUCUUCCGCGUGGAGGGCCACAACCCCUUCCCCAAGUUCAGGGAGUACUCGGGCCUCGUCGGCGCCUACGCCACGGCGAGCGAGGACGAGCAGUGCCAGAGGCUCGUCUUCUCGGAGGAGGCGCUCCUGGACGAGGCGAAGCAGAGGCAGUUGUCUCUCUUCGAGGACGUCGGACGCGCGCGGCAGAGGUCCGGCCCCGACGUCUAG